AUGAAUCGCCCCUUUAUCAACGUCUUGACUGCUUUAUUUGCAUGUUUAAUGGAGACCAACAACAGCAGGUAGGUGAAUGCUUAGGCUACUUUAUUGGCCAUUUAACAUAAAACAUUUUUUAAAAAUAGAAUGAGAUACUUUCUUCUUUAUUUGUAUGUAGCCUAUUCAACUGUAAUGUUCAUUGAUGAAAAGGCAAAGUGCGUUACCAUUAAAACAAAGUUUAGGAUAUUGAGUUUCAACCUACCUCGAAUGACCCAUUAUUUCUUCGUGGACCCCAAAGUUCCAUUGUUAUUAAUGGAAUGUAGAAAUGAUUCAACUUCAAUAUUCAAUACAGUUGCUUUUCCAUCAGCAUGUAGCCUAGUCAGAGUAGGCUAUAUGGAGCCGUCAAUAUCGCAUGGUAAUUUCUGGUAUUUUGCCAAGUUAAUCAUUGCCUCUAACUCAGUCUGUGGGCGUUGUCAAAACGUUCAGUGGCAUGUCCAGAACAUUUUGAAUGGGGUGGCCAAGGUGGGGCACAGACCCAGUUUAGGGGGGCCAUAACAUUUAGAACCUUAAUUGAUGCAAGGUGGAUUUUUUCAAUAUAAUUAUGAUGGUUCAAUGCAUUGAAUGCUUUAGCUUAGGUUUGGUACAUUUCCCUGUUCAAAUCAUAAAUCAAUUCCAAAAGUAUUGUUACAGUGUUUGCAUUCAAGGUCAGGAUUUUAUAUAAGGGUAUUAGCAUACAGCAGUAAAUUCACUUGAAAGUGCCAUCCAGAGUGUGAAUUAUACUGUGACAUUCGGGACCUGGUAUGUACACAUGCACAUGCCAUACACAAACCUUUUUGGGGUUCUGUAUAGUAAGCAUGUAAUUUAACUGUAAAAAUGUCUUACCUUUUAAUGUGUCAUGAACACAACCAGUCAUGAUAUUCUCAUCUGAUUGUCAAACAAAUCAUUUAAAAAGUAGGUUAAGUAGGUUACCUGUACAUGUUCAUCUACUCCAAAAUAAGUCCAGCAUCCAAACAGUGCACUGUGCACCUGCCAUUUGAAUGGAAAGUUACAUCUAUUACAAACACCAUGUGUAAUGACAUGCAGCCUGCAAAGUGGUGUGUAUUCAUGGAUGCCAAGGGAAGCCAGGCUUCCCCAAAAAUGUAAACAAUACAAAAAUAAAUGAUUUCUCAUUGGUGUCUAUCUGUGUUUCAUAAUUUUCCUUGAAUUCGCAAGAGGCCGAAUCCAUUUCACCAGAGAAAGCAUCUGAGCAAGGCAAACAGCGUCCCUCUGUCUUAGUAUCAGUAGUCCACCCUGGGCCACCACCUGGACACACCACUGAAAACGUUGUCAAAUUCCGUAGUAGCCUAUGUGUCAGAGGGAUUUUAUUUCAAAGUGUGUAUAGCCUAUAUGCAUACAAUGAGGACAGUCACAAUGCCAACUCUCCAAUACAGUGGUAAUAAGCUUAAAGCACACCGCGUCUGCCAAGGUGUUCCUUCACUAUUGUAAUCCUUCCUAAUCAUAUCAUUUGAAUCUCAUUUGUGUUUCUCUGCUUGCCUAUACACCAGUAUGCAGAUGAGCUUCCUAUUUGGUUGAGAUUAAGUAGAAAUGGUUUCAAUACACCUUGACUUCUGACUGAGCAAGUAAGUGUUUUUUUUUCUUUGUUUGUUUCUCACAGGGUGGUGGAUGCCAAGGAGCAUGAGUCCAGAUCAGGCUCUACUACUAACUUGUCUCCCUCAGACUUUCUGGACUCAUUAAUGGGUAGAACAUCUGGUUAUGAUGCGCGAAUACGACCAAACUUCAAAGGUUGGUUUUUAUUUGACUUUUUAAUACUUCUUAAGAAUUUGAGUGUGGAUUGGAAAACCUUCACCUAAAAUGCAUCUGGGAUAUCAGUGUAUCCACCCAUAUGUACACUGAGUAUACAAAACAUUAAGAACACCUGCUCUUUCCAUGACAUAGACUGAACAAGUGAAUCCAGGUGAAUGCUAUGAUCCCUUAUUGAUGUCACUUGUUAAAUCCACUUCAAUCAGUGUAGAUGAAGGGGAGGGGACAGGUUAAAGAAGGAUUUUUUAAAAACUUGAGACAAUUGAGACAUGGAUUGUGUAUGUGUGCCAUUCAGAGGGUGAAUGGGCAACACAAAAUAUUGAAGUGCCUUUGAGCGGGGUAUGGUAGUAGGUGCCAGGCGCAUCGGUUUGCUGCUGGGUAUUUCAUGCAGUUUCCCGUGUGCAUCAAGAAUGGUCCACCACCCAAAGGACAUCCAGUCAACUUGAAACAACUGUGGGAAGCAUUGGAGUCAACAUGGGCCAGCAUCCCUGUGGAAUGCUUUCGACAUCAUGUAGAGUCCAUGCCCCGACGAAUUGAGGCUGUUCUGAGGGCAAAAUGGGGGGCAACUCAAUAUUAGGAAGGUGUUCCUAAUGUUUGGGAUACUCAGUGUAUAGUACUGACAUCCCACACAUAAUGAUGUAUACAUUCUCAACUGAACACCCCCUCAACAGUCAAUAAGGCACAUUAUGAACAAUACAUUUUGUGCUUGUCUAUUGAUAAAACCCACCCCUUAAUGAGUUAAAGAAGAAUGGCUAUCAAUCACGCCUGUAGACAGUGACAUCAUCCUCCAUGUAGGAUUUAUGGGAUUGCGAUAUGGAACAUGAAAGGAUCAGAGCAGAACCGACUCACUUGACUCACACUGGUCUGAUUGGUUCUCUCAAAUGUUUCUUUCUUCCCUGGGGGGGUUGAGAUCUCACAAUGUUUUUGAUUAAAAAAUCCAACAAUUGUAUUGGGGGCUGUGUGUGGUUGUCCAUGUGAGUGUUUUAGUGAGAAAGACACAGAGGAGAACCAAUCAGUAAAAAAGCACAUCCCCUUCAUUAUAAACGCAUCGUGCCCACAACAUGAAAAUAGCCUUUCUAGACUCUGAAGUCAGGAGGAGUUAGCCAUACUACCAUCACCCAUUAUAACACCCAAUAUAGCGAUUUCUUCAAUUGUCAUUUAUAUUGUCCAACAGCUAUAUUAAACAUAAGCAUUCAAAACAAAAACAACAACAACAACAACAAUAAUGAGGUAUAGAUGUGGGCCCAAAACAACAGUGGUGCCACAGUGACAACCUCAUAUGAGGGAUGGGGUCCCUCUGGCCAGACUGCUGAGUUCCUCUAUUGUUGUGUUGUGGUGCGGGGGAGAGACAGCAUCUGUCACUGUGAUGGAGAUGAGUAAGGAGAGGGAAGGGAACUCGUUGGUGGGGCUCAGGGUGGCAGGUGGGUAUGGAGACAGGCAGGGCGGGGGGGUAGGAAGGGGCACACCCCAGACAGGGAGGCAGGCAUGCAGGCAGACCCCAGGCUGGGACACUAGUGGUGGAACCAUGCUGGAGGGAAGGCCACUGAGAGGAGAGUAGUACAGGAAACACAGUCUGAGAUUGGUCAGCAAGACUCAGCCUUCACCCAGAAACACUGGCCCAGAUCUAUCCACUCCAUCUGGGAGAAUUGGAAACACGUGUACACAAGAUCUCAGAAAUGGACUCAAGAUCAGGGGAAGACUUGUCUGUUUUUUUUUUUUUUUUGGAAAGCCAGAAACUAUUUUUAUCUGUAUAUGGGAUAAUGCUGGAGUUGUGAGGAGUAGAGGAAAUUAAAAUUACUGGAAUGAAGAACAUGAUCUUACCUUGUCUGAUAAAUUGGUGAGUUCAAGUCUCUGGUGGACAGAGUAUUCCAGUCUAAUUAGGUUUAAUACCACACACACACACACAAACAAAGUUUAAUUAGAAGGUUGAUUAGAGCAGUUUUAUACAAUUGUACUGCAGUUCCUCACUGUUUCUACAAGCAGCAAUUCUUCCAUUUAUUAGGCAUCGAGCACAAUACACACACACACACACACACACACAAACACACACACACACACACACACACACACACACACAAACACACACACACACACACACACACACACACACACACACACACACACACACACACACACACACACACACACACACACACACACGUAAAGUGAACAGGGAUACACAUAGAUUAUGUUUGUUUAUCACCUACAAACCAUACUGUGUCACAACUAUACCCCACAGUGCUGCUGGAGCUUGACCUACAUUUGCCUGCCAAGGUUGUUGUGUGGAGUUAUUCCAUUACAUUUCUCUGUUACUGAUAUUAAAUGCAGUUGCCCGACUACAAACUGAGGCGAAUAUUAAUACCACCACGUCACAUGCAAUAUUGAUGAGGAAUACACAGGGGAAGGGCAAUGUGCUCACAACUUCACUUAUCAACACAGAGACCUCUCUCUCCCUGGCUGACAUUAUUGUUUUUAUUCAAGACAGUGUUACUGUGUUGGAUAGAAAGUGUCAAAUCCUGAUUUUGCUUUUCCACUGCUUUUCAGUCAUUCUGUGACCUCAUAGAUAACGGUAGAAUGCCUGUGACACUAAGUUGACUUUUCUGCUCAUGAUUGUUUCAUAAGAAACACGUGCCACUGUUUGUAAUGCCAUUGUGUGUGUGUGUGUGUGUGUGUGUGUGUGUGUGUGUGUGUGUGUGUGUGUGUGUGUGUGUGUGUGUGUGUGUGUGUGUGUGUGUGUGUGUGUGUGUGUGUGUGUGUGUGUGUCAGCGUGUGUCUCUCAGCAUGUGUUUUUGUUUAUCUGUUUCUUAACCCUAUCAAUGAAAACAUUCCUUGUCAUCCUUAUUGAGUUAGUCAAUGACUUGUCCUAGUUAGCAUUAGCAGGCAACAUACUUUUGAUUGAAGUAAGUAACCAUUUCUGAACGAUACCACUGUUUGUUGAAUAUUGGAGUUGAUCCUGCCAUUUUUAACUAUUACUGUACCAGGCCUGCUGUUGAAGACAAACGCCUGGGGAUGAGAUUAGUCAAUGACUAGUGUAGCUGUUAUGACUUGCAUGGGGUGCUUAGGAGAACAACAGGCCUUGUUUAUGUUGACAGAAAAACAUACUAGGAGAACAACAGGCCUUGUUUAUGUUGACAGAAAAACAUACUAGGAGAACAACAUGCCUUGUUUAUGUUGACAGAAAAACAUACUAGGAGAACAACAUGCCUUGUUUAUGUUGACAGAAAAUCAUACUAGGAGAACAACAUGCCUUGUUUAUGUUGACGGAAAAACAUACUAGGAGAACAACAGGCCUUGUUUAUGUUGACAGAAAAACAUACUAGGAUAACAACAUGCCUUGUUUAUGUUGACAGAAAAACAUACUAGGAGAACAACAUGCUUUGUUUAUGUUGCCGUAAAAACAUACUAGGAGAACAACAGGCCUUGUUUAUGUUGACAGAAAAACAUACUAGGAGAACAACAGGCCUUGUUUAUGUUGACAGAUAUACAGUACACACUAGGAGAACAACAGGCCUUGUUUAUGUUGACAGAAAAACAUACUAGGAGAACAACAGGCCUUGUUUAUGUUGACAGAAAAACAUACUAGGAGAACAACAGGCCUUGUUUAUGUUGACAUAAAAACAUACUAGGAGAACAACAGGCCUUGUUUAUGUUGACAGAUAAUCAUACUAGGAGAACAACAGGCCUUGUUUAUGUUGACAGAAAAACAAACUAGGAGAACAACAUACAUUGUUUAUGUUGACAGAUAUACAGUACACACUAGGAGAACAACAGGCCUUGUUUAUGUUGACAGAAAAACAUACUAGGAGAACAACAGGCCUUGUUUAUGUUGACAGAAAAACAUACUAGGAGAACAACAUGCCUUGUUUAUGUUGACAGAAAAUCAUACUAGGAGAACAACAUGCCUUGUUUAUGUUGACGGAAAAACAUACUAGGAGAACAACAGGCCUUGUUUAUGUUGACAGAAAAACAUACUAGGAGAACAACAUGCCUUGUUUAUGUUGACGGAAAAACAUACUAGGAGAACAACAGUCCUUGUUUAUGUUGACAGAAAAACAUACUAGGAGAACAACAGGCCUUGUUUAUGUUGACAGAUAUACAGUACACACACUAGGAGAACAACAGGCCUUGUUUAUGUUGACAGAAAAACAUACUAGGAGAACAACAUGCCUUGUUUAUGUUGACAGAAAAACAUACUAGGAGAACAACAUGCCUUGUUUAUGUUGACGGAAAAACAUACUAGGAGAACAACAGGCCUUGUUUAUGUUGACAGAAAAACAUACUAGGAGAACAACAGGCCUUGUUUAUGUUGACAGAUAUACAGUACACACUAGGAGAACAACAGGCCUUGUUUAUGUUGACAGAAAAACAUACUAGGAGAACAACAGGCCUUGUUUAUGUUGACAGAAAAACAUACUAGGAGAACAACAGGCCUUGUUUAUGUUGACAUAAAAACAUACUAGGAGAACAACAGGCCUUGUUUAUGUUGACAGAUAAUCAUACUAGGAGAACAACAGGCCUUGUUUAUGUUGACAGAAAAACAAACUAGGAGAACAACAUACAUUGUUUAUGUUGACAGAUAUACAGUACACACUAGGAGAACAACAGGCCUUGUUUAUGUUGACAGAAAAACAUACUAGGAGAACAACAGGCCUUGUUUAUGUUGACAGAAAAACAUACUAGGAGAACAACAGGCCUUGUUUAUGUUGACAUAAAAACAUACUAGGAGAACAACAGGCCUUGUUUAUGUUGACAGAUAAUCAUACUAGGAGAACAACAGGCCUUGUUUAUGUUGACAGAAAAACAAACUAGGAGAACAACAUACAUUGUUUAUGUUGACAGAUAUACAGUACACACUAGGAGAACAACAGGCCUUGUUUAUGUUGACAGAAAAACAUACUAGGAGAACAACAGGCCUUGUUUAUGUUGACAGAAAAACAUACUAGGAGAACAACAUGCCUUGUUUAUGUUGACAGAAAAUCAUACUAGGAGAACAACAUGCCUUGUUUAUGUUGACGGAAAAACAUACUAGGAGAACAACAGGCCUUGUUUAUGUUGACAGAAAAACAUACUAGGAGAACAACAUGCCUUGUUUAUGUUGACGGAAAAACAUACUAGGAGAACAACAGUCCUUGUUUAUGUUGACAGAAAAACAUACUAGGAGAACAACAGGCCUUGUUUAUGUUGACAGAUAUACAGUACACACACUAGGAGAACAACAGGCCUUGUUUAUGUUGACAGAAAAACAUACUAGGAGAACAACAUGCCUUGUUUAUGUUGACAGAAAAACAUACUAGGAGAACAACAUGCCUUGUUUAUGUUGACGGAAAAACAUACUAGGAGAACAACAGGCCUUGUUUAUGUUGACAGAAAAACAUACUAGGAGAACAACAGGCCUUGUUUAUGUUGACAGAUAUACAGUACACACUAGGAGAACAACAGGCCUUGUUUAUGUUGACAGAAAAACAUACUAGGAGAACAACAGGCCUUGUUUAUGUUGACAGAAAAACAUACUAGGAGAACAACAGGCCUUGUUUAUGUUGACAUAAAAACAUACUAGGAGAACAACAGGCCUUGUUUAUGUUGACAGAUAAUCAUACUAGGAGAACAACAGGCCUUGUUUAUGUUGACAGAAAAACAAACUAGGAGAACAACAUACAUUGUUUAUGUUGACAGAUAUACAGUACACACUAGGAGAACAACAGGCCUUGUUUAUGUUGACAGAAAAACAUACUAGGAGAACAACAGGCCUUGUUUAUGUUGACAGAAAAACAUACUAGGAGAACAACAUGCCUUGUUUAUGUUGACAGAAAAUCAUACUAGGAGAACAACAUGCCUUGUUUAUGUUGACGGAAAAACAUACUAGGAGAACAACAGGCCUUGUUUAUGUUGACAGAAAAACAUACUAGGAGAACAACAUGCCUUGUUUAUGUUGACGGAAAAACAUACUAGGAGAACAACAGUCCUUGUUUAUGUUGACAGAAAAACAUACUAGGAGAACAACAGGCCUUGUUUAUGUUGACAGAUAUACAGUACACACACUAGGAGAACAACAGGCCUUGUUUAUGUUGACAGAAAAACAUACUAGGAGAACAACAUGCCUUGUUUAUGUUGACAGAAAAACAUACUAGGAGAACAACAUGCCUUGUUUAUGUUGACGGAAAAACAUACUAGGAGAACAACAGGCCUUGUUUAUGUUGACAGAAAAACAUACUAGGAGAACAACAGGCCUUGUUUAUGUUGACAGAUAUACAGUACACACUAGGAGAACAACAGGCCUUGUUUAUGUUGACAGAAAAACAUACUAGGAGAACAACAGGCCUUGUUUAUGUUGACAGAAAAACAUACUAGGAGAACAACAGGCCUUGUUUAUGUUGACAGAAAAACAUACUAGGAGAACAACAUACAUUGUUUAUGUUGAUAGAAAAACAUACUAGGAGAACAACAGGCCUUGUUUAUGUUGACAAAUAUACAUACAGCCCAUAAUGUGGUGUUAGAUAGGUAAUAAAGCACAUGCUCGCUUUCACAACUAAUUACACUCAGCUUACUGUACAUCCAACAGAUAUUGCACUGCUAUCUUUCUCAAACUCCCUCAUCUCUAUUUGCUAAAGCACUCCGUGGAGAUGGCACAUGAUGAUUAAGGGCAAAAAAACAUCUUGACUUUUUCUUGUCACCUCAUUCUCAUUCCAUUUCACAGGUCCCCCUGUAAACGUUACAUGCAAUAUUUUUAUCAACAGUUUCGGCUCGGUCACAGAGACCUCCAUGGUAAGUGUUCUUGCUUUAUCUCUUCCCUGUCAAACAUGUCAAUGUGUUAUCUAUCCUCCAACCUGCAGGUCCCCCAGUUAAUGUUACCUGCAACAUAUUUAUCAACAGCUUUGGUUCUAUAGCAGAAACUACAAUGGUGAGUUGGAGUGUUGUGCUUGGCCAUGUUAACUACAUUUACAUUUGACAUUUUAGCAGAUGCUCUUAUCCAAAGCGACUUACAGGAGCAAUUAUGGUUAAGUGCCUUGCUCAAGGGCACAUCAACAGAUUUUUCACCUAGCCGGCUCAGGGAUUCGAACCAGCGACCUUUCGGUUACUGGCCCAAUGCUCUUAAUCAACAGCAUGGCUCAUUUGCUCCUCAGGAGUUUAAGAUUGAAAUCAUCCAAUUUCUUUUAGUUUAUGGAUGUUUUGAACUUUUGCUUCUUCAUAUGAGAUGAUUCACUUUGUCCCAUUCCCAUAGUCUAUUGGCGGCUCCAGGGGGCAAGUAUAGCUAACAGACACUGAGCACCACAAUUGAAUCAGAUAUCUUUCCCAUUAUACUCAAGACAAUAUUGUAUUGCUAUUCCCAUGACACUCCCUUGUGCAUGUGUUGGAUUAGUUCUGUUUUAAUAAUUCACACAGUGAAUGCCAGCACAUAAUUUACUUUAAUUGCAGCCAAUAGCUGUAGGUUUGAUAUCUUAUGGCCUGAGAUUUAAGCAUGUUGAUUGGUUGUAAUGUCCCACAGACAUCCAACUGCCCAAGGGGUAAACAAUAUCAAACGUGGAAUCCACAUUGAGAUCCUAUCCAAUAACUACUAUCGCAAUGCAUUAAUAAUUAGUUAGAAUUUUGUCCAUUGAAUACUUGCAUUUUUGGUAGACAGUCUUUGCCUGAGUUAAUCAACAGCCGAGCCGGGUUUAUAACACUUGCCCACAGUUGUUCAAUAACUUUUCACACAUAGACAUACACAUCUGGGACCACCAAUACACUGCUGCCUACCGAAUAGGUCUGUUCUGAGAGGGAGAGAGAAGGUAUCUAAUCCGAUGCGAUCUGUUCAUCUGCAAUCAAUUAAGCCUCUUGAAACCUGCACAAUUCAAUAUUAACUGCAUCUUCAAACUUCAAUGGACUUUCUUGGUCUACUAUUCACACAAACAUCAUCUAUCUCCUAUUACGACCAUUUAGCAAUAACAAUUAAUGAGGAAACUGAUCAUAUGGAUCAAGUAACUAAAUUAGAUUUAUGACUUCAAUUUGAUUAGAUUGCUUCUUUUAAUAAAUGUGUAUAUAUUGUCCCAUUUACUCCUAAAUUGUGUAAUUUGGAUUUUAGAUGAUGGUAUUGUGUGGUGAUUUACAAACAUACAAAUAUGCAUUGAAAUCCAUGCAUUGCAUCCAUUCAUUCAUGCUAUUGUUUAUCAUAUUACAAUUCUGUGUAAAAAUGAGGAGCAAUUUCUCUAGUUAAAGUUUUGUGGCACCACUUCAAUUUGUGGUAGUGUCACAGUCAAAGUGUCAGAAUUGUAUUUUACUAUUAAUAUUAUUUAUAGUAUCAUUGGUGCUUUAUUAGUGCCUUAGUGCCAAAUGUCUUGGGGUGAUACUGCAUGUCACUACGAUGGAACCAAAAACCUGAGGCAGGCACUUGGCCUACAUAUUGACAAGACAAUGUUGUUUUGUAUUAGUGGCUCUACCAUUCUAAGUAUGUAAAAGUCUAUAGCAAAAUUAUUUUCGUAUUCACUGACUGUGUGACACAAUAUAUUCUGGUCACCAAAAGUAUAGUACUGUAUAUUUAAUGGAGAUAGACAAAGUAGUCCAUAUGUCAAAGUAAAGCAGUUGUAAAGCUGAUUUCACUAUUUCCCCAAGGAUUACAGAGUGAACAUCUUCCUGCGACAGAAGUGGAGAGACCCUCGGCUGGCGUACAGCAAAUACCCAGACUCCUCUCUUGACCUGGACCCGUCCAUGUUGGAUUCUAUUUGGAAACCUGACCUGUUCUUCGCCAACGAGAAAGGCGCCAACUUCCAUGAUGUCACCACAGACAACAAGCUCCUGAGGGUCUUCAAAGAUGGGACCGUCUUGUACAGUAUCAGGUUAGAUGUGGGGCGUGCAUUGAAUGGUGGGCUCAACUCUAUUGCUUGGGGAAGUUAGUGCAAUAGGCUUAACAUUUCCUGUUGGAAACAUCCAAACAAAGAAAAUAUUCAAAUCCAGUGAGAUUUCAGCAGACAAUCAGAGAUUCCCUUCAACUUUAGUCUACCUCCAGGCCCUUCACGUACAUGUAAUUACUUUUGUAAGAAACAAGAUUCUACAUCAAAGACUACCUCUCAGGUUUAAUGGGAUUCAUCUCAAUAAAGUAUUCCUUCAGCUGGAGGAAUUGGAUGCAAUAUGGUUUCACUAAGACUACAUAGCAACGCAAACUACUAGAGUAUCCAAAGGCUGCACGGAACUUUUCUCCAAAGAUGUUUAGAAUACGUUCAGGAUAGGCGUAUAGAAAUAACCCACUCAUGUAGGCUAUUCAUUUCCCUGGGCAUUUGCUACAAGUCAAUAUGUUUCAUCCCUAGCGUUGCACGGGAUCAGUAAAAUGGAAUCACUUCAAAGUAGAUGCAGCCCACUCGUAGUAGAUGAGACGGGUUACAUUUUAGUAAUUUAGCCAACGCUCUUAUCCAGAGUGACUUACAGGAUCAAUUAGGGUCAAUUGCCUUGCUCAAGGACACAUCAACACAUUGUUCACCUAGUUGGCUCGGGAUUCUAACCAGCAAUCUUUCAGUUACUGGCCCAACGCUCUUAACAGUUAGGCUACCUGCCAAUAGCCUCCUCUUACAAAAACCACCACUACACUUGAGUACAAACCUGUGAUACAAGAUAUGAAAAUACAUGAGAUUUUAUUUAAUUUCAAUAUCACUUCAGUCACACCACUCCGCCUUAGAUUUACACCUCGAGGCAGCGGAAUAAUGCAGCUCAAUCUGGUGUCCAUUUGGAGAGCUGAUUCAGGUGGUGGAGCCCAGAUGUGGAGGGAGGCAAGGGGAUUCUGAGAGAACAGAUGAAAGAAAGGUGGUUAGUCGCUCUCUCCAUUCAUGAGAGAAGAGAUGAGAAAGGGAGCAGACUGCUGAUGAAAAUACAUCUCAGAGAGGGUCCAGUAAUAAAAGUGUGAUAAGAACCUGCUGAAGGGAAUCCCACAUGCUGUGUGGGAGGAGGAGGCUCUCUCAGAGGAGGAGGAGGGAAGGAGAAAGAGCAUUCACUGCAAAUGAGGAGCAUAUGUUUAGCACAUACUUUACACAGUCACAAAGUAGGCAUACAUUGUAGGGAGCUUGUAUUUAAUUCUCACUUGAAACAGUAAACAACAACUAAGAUCGUAAAAUUGAGAAAAAAUGUGAGUUCCGUGUAAGAUUUUUUAUUUAACAAUACAUGUAUCUGUUGAGUGAGGUAUAGAACAUGCUAAUCUAAUAACUACACUGAAAAAAAUCCUGUUGUUUUUACAGUAACUUAGUUACCUGUAAGUUACUGUAAAAAAAGGUACAGUUUGUUACCGUACAUUCCUAUGAUACUUUGGUUUAACAGUACAUUACUGUAACGUUUUCAUAUGCUUUAUUUGUACAUUCACAAAUAAUGCUUGCACAGUUGUUUCAUUACUUUUACACGCCUCUUCCUCAAAGGUUGACCCUCAUUCUAUCUUGUCCGAUGGAUCUGAAGAACUUUCCCAUGGACAUGCAGAUCUGUACCAUGCAACUGGAGAGCUGUAAGUGUCUGCUCCUUACAACUCACAUGGUAAAGCACAUGCAAUAUGGUUUGUGAAAAUGCAAUAACAUAACAAACAUAUUUGCUGUGUUCAUUCAUUCCUCAGUUGGCUACACCAUGAAUGAUUUGAUCUUCGAGUGGGAGAGCAAGGACAAAAAUCCUGUGCAGGUGGCUGCAGGGCUGACCCUCCCCCAGUUCAUCAUGAGAGAUGAGAAGGAGCUGGGAUACUGUACCAAAAGCUACAACACCGGUCAGAGAGCCACACACACACACACUUACACACCACACCUCUCACCACACCGUCCCUGAUCUGAGGUGUCAGUGUGUUUUGUUCUACAGGUAAAUUCACCUGCAUUGAGGUGAAGUUCCACCUGGAGAGACAGAUGGGUUACUACCUGAUCCAGAUGUACAUCCCCAGCCUCCUCAUCGUCAUCCUGUCCUGGGUCUCCUUCUGGAUCAACAUGGAUGCCGCGCCCGCCAGGGUGGCACUGGGUAUUACCACCGUGCUCACCAUGACAACCCAGAGCUCCGGCUCCCGAGCCUCCCUUCCCAAGGUAAGCCUGUUAAUCCAAGCAGUGACAGGAUGAGUGGACAAUAUGAUGGAGGAGGGAGGGUCAAUGGGCCUUGUUCAGAUCAAUCAACCUUCCAUUUUCCACUCAUGUCAGAAGUCAUACAUAAUCAGAUACUGUUCAUGAAAUGUAAAUAUGCCUAUGAUUGAAGUCUCCGUGCUUCACUGAAUUCUGACUCAGAUUUAAGUGUUCUAUGGAUAAAUUAGCAAUCAAUGGAUUUACAGUAUAUCAAGAGACUAUCAAUGUGAAGUCUUUCAUUUUUAAUCAAUAAGUUGUAAAAACAGAGAAUACUAUUAAACUUAACAUUAUCACAAUUUAUGUUAGAAAUGACAAUUACAACAGUGAUUUAGGAAGUAAUAUAAUAUUACUAAAUUAAACAGUAGUGGAUACACUGCGACUGUACACGGUCAAACAUACUAAAUUGGAAUUCACAAUUACGUUAGCAAGAGCACUUCAGCGUGAGUCAUCUCUUGAAGAUCAGUCAUUCUCUCACACAUUGGAUCGUCCGCACAUGACCACGUCAGAGGCCCGCAUGAAAGAGACACACUCUAAUAAAUAUUUAGAGAGAGGUCUUUGAGAGGCCCAACUCAGAACAACAAGAGCUCAAUACACCUUAAGAGCACUCGACAACGUCAAGUUGUUUUCGCUCCAUGAAAAUGACCUGUCAUUUUGAGAGACAGAGACAGGUUAUUGUAUGAUGAAUAAGAGGGCAUCCUUUAGUGUCUAGCCUCCAUCUCAUCUCCGGCAUGGAGAUGGAUGAAAUAGACUGAUAAAGGCUCCAGUCGAGCUGCUACUGUUUCCUUUGUGUUACCUUGGUAAUUAAAGCAGCAAUUAUUUCCUUCCAGCGCAAUCGCUGAAAAUCGCUGAUAUCAACAUGAGCUUUGAGAGUUUAAAGCACUCGUUAGCAAAUACCACCCCCCUAAUUAUGGUGAUUUAGAAUUUACAGCAACUGACUAACAUAAAAAAGCACGUCAUUGAGGGAAAAUAAUAUUCCCAUUGAAAUGUUAAUUGUGAAGGCAGCACAUAAAAGGAUUAUUCAGUCCCAGUAAAUGACUGUUUAUUUGGUUCUUGUCACAGGUCUCCUAUGUGAAGGCCAUUGAUAUCUGGAUGGCCGUGUGUCUCCUGUUUGUAUUUGCUGCCCUACUGGAAUACGCUGGAGUUAACUUUGUCUCCAGGCAACAGAAGGAGUUCCUUCGCUUGAGGCGAAGACAGAGGCGGACACACAGGGUAAAUAAACACUCUAGGCUUGAGGAUCAUUCCCUUUAGAACAGUCACUGCAAAGCCCAGACUCAUAACCACAGGAGUUUGGUGGCACCUUAAUUCGGGAGGACGGGCUCGUGGUAAUGGCUGGAACGGAAUUGGUGGAAUGGUAUCAAAUACAUCAAACACAUGGUUUCCAUGUGUUUGAUGCCAUUCCAUUUGCUCCGUUCCGGUCAUUAUUAUGAGCCGUCGUCCCCUCAGCAGCCUCCUGUGCUCAUGACUGAACCAUUUUUAAAGAGUUGGAGUUCCACUCUAGUAAUUGUUCAUUGCUAUUCAAGAGAUAGUCGAGAAACAGGAAAGAUGGAGAAAAUGUGUGUUGAAAAUGCGAUAUGGGACCGGGAUUCGAACGAUCCCACACUCACACAGACUUCCAUGCACCAGAGGUGGUGCCAGAAACCGCUAGACCAAAUCCCAGGGCCUCAUGACUGAACAUAUGAACAGUGUCUUUUAAAAAGGAGUGUGACAUGAAGAAACUGCGUUGAAUGAACACUUAGGGCAGUCAGAGACUGAUGUUAAGUAGGCCAUUUUUAAGGAAAUGUGUGUAAGGUUAUCUGUGGUUAUAAGUGUGUCAGCUUGUUGUUGCUGCAGCAGAGGAAGGGAGGGUGUAAUAUCUGGGAGACAUUCAGCUGUGUCCCCAGUGUUAAUGAAGCCGCUAUAGAUGUCGCCUGGAGGCAUCCUCAGGUAAAGGGUCACGGGCCAAGAAAAGGACGCAAGAACAUGGCUACUGGCCAUACACCACAAUGUCAUAGUAUGUGUGCACAUGGGAGUGUGUCUGAAACUCUUUCUCUCCAUUGAACAGAAGCAUACUCACCGUGUUUCUGUCUUUGUUUUGUUUCACCAGGAUGACGACAUGAGGGAUGGCUUCAAUUACUCGGGUUACAGCAUGACUCAGUGCCUGAAGGAUGGGUCGGCUGUAAAAAAUGCUGUCCCAAACCCCGGCCCAGCACCACUAACCCCUAAAGAGAAAGAGGUGAUAAGGAAGAGGUUUGUGGACAGGGCCAAGAGGAUUGACACUGUGUCCCGAGCAGCCUUCCCUAUGGCCUUCCUCCUCUUCAACAUCUUCUACUGGAUAACAUACAAGGUCAUCAGGCAUGAGGACAUUGGCAUGCAGUCAGGGUAG